AUGCCCACUGUGACGGGGGAGGGACGCUACGACAGUUGUGUCAGUGUACUAGCUCUAGUGGAGGGGCCUUACCCUGUACAUUUCUCUAUCGGAUGUGUUGUGCAUCCGUUUGCGCUGAUUGUUGCUCAACGUGGACCGAUUUACUUUGGCGCCUACUGUAUUGUGGAGGAACACGCCUGCAUCAUUAAUGGAGAGCGAGGUUGUGAGGAUGUCACCGAAUCCGCGCCGUCCGCUGUGCCCAUGACCAUUGGCCCGUACAACCACUUUAAGUCCUUUUCGCGCAUUGCAAACUUGCAUCGCAUCGGCCACGGCAACAGGUUCGAACCCCACUGCAAAUUGGAGUUCUUGAGCGAGUCACCGGAGGUCGUCUCCGUUGAGGACUAUUGUGUCUUUGGGCCGUUUGUUUGCCUGUGUGGCCCGUGGCGCGGUAAUGACAAGAAAGUCGACGCCGCCGUGACGAUUGCCUCUCGUCGUGUGUAUUUGUGCCCCACAGACCCAAAAGGAGAGGAAAAAUGUGGCUGUUUUGCGUCGGCACUUCCUUUGACCGACUCGACGCAUUCUUCCUGUUGUUGUUUUUGUUCCUCCGCGUGUUGGGUGCUGCCGCGUGGGGAGCCGUUUGACGAGGAGGAGGCGGAGGACGCGCUCCGGCAAAAGUGUCUUUUUUUUUGUCGGUUGAGUGCGCAGUGA